AUGUACUUGUCGGAACAGCAAGAAGUGGUUAGAACCCAAGAUGUCAGAAUAGACACACAAAUGCUGAGUCCACCGAUAACGGAUCGAUUUAAAUGCCUUACAAAUGGCUGCUGUGAUCAUCACGAGUGGUGUCGGUUUUGGGCUUCAAUUGGAGAGUGUAAUGCCAAUAAAGAUUGGAUGUCGGAGAAUUGUCAAUUGGCAUGCGGAACCUGUUCAGCGCCUCCCGCACCUCUGCUUCCUGUGACGACAACUGCUUCCUCAUUCCAACAAUCAAAUGGAGGAUUCGUCCAAACGACGACAGUUUCAUCGGGACCAACGACGACAGUCACAAUUCCACCAUCUAGCUUAACACCAGUGAACAGUUGUGAAAGAGUCAAGGACAGCAUUGCUCAGGCGUCAGAGGUAAGUACCGUACUUAUGUCAAUCUCUCGUUUAAUCAAUCCGGUAGAAGAUAACUUUGGCCGUAACAUGCUCUCCAUUGACGACAUCACGAGAAGUGUGCCAACUGGAUGUGUUCCUCAAUUAUCUGACGUUGGAGUGGAUUGUAGAAAGAGUCUCUGUUAUCAUCUCAUGUAUCGUACUCUUGAUGGAACAUGUAAUAAUUUGGAGAAGCCAAUGCAAGGAGCUGCAUUCAGAAGGUUCAAUCGACACUUCCCAGCGCAGUAUGAUGAUGGAAGAGGCGAACCGAUUUCUUCUUUGAACAAGUCUAGACCAAGUGCUCGCGAAGCUAAUCGUGUUAUGUUGUCAUCUGCUCAAUCGGUGGUACAUGAUAAGUUCAACAACAUGAUGAUGCAAUGGGGUCAAUUCAUGUCGCAUGACAUGUCCAAAACCACACUUCAACCAUCGGCAAACUGCAAGACUUGUGAUCCAGUCCCAUCGAAAUGCAUGCCAAUCCCAAUCGGAGAAAAGGACCCAAAUCUUGGAUUCAAAUCGAAACAAUGUCUGAAAGUCUCAAGAUCCGCCCCAAUUUGUCGAGUGGAGCCCAGAGAGCAACUCAAUGAGAAUACAGCUUAUAUUGAUGGAUCUAUGAUUUAUGGAUCUUCAUUAAAGGAUCUUCAUAAGUUCAGAGAUGGAAGGACUGGAUUCUUGAGAGUUACUAGAUUCAAUAACCAGAAUGUUCUUCCAUUCGACCAGUCUAAAUGUGCUAAUAAGGAUAAAUGUACCGCCUCCUUUACUGCGGGAGAUAUCCGAGCCAAUCUCUUCAUUGGAUUGUCUUCCCUUCAUAUAAUGUUUGCCAGAGAGCAUAACAGAAUUGCUCAAAAGCUAACCGAGCUCAAUCCAACAUGGUCUGGAGAUAGAGUCUUCCAGGAAGCUAGGAAAAUUGUUGGCGCUCAAAUCCAAAACGUUCUUUAUAAGGAAUACCUCCCGAAACUUCUAGGAGUGUCAUUUGACAAAGUGAUCGGACCAUACAAAGGUUAUGAUACUAAUGUGGAUGCCACAAUUGCCAAUGAAUUCACAACUUCCGCUUUUCGAUUCGGUCAUGGAAUGAUUGAGGAGUUCUACAAGAGAGUUGAUCUAUCUGGAAAUAAUAUUACUCAUGGCGGGUUCUUCUUUGGCGAUGGAGUAUUCAAAUCGGGCAAGAUUCUGUUUGAAGGAGGUGUCGAUCCAAUUAUUCGCGGAUUUAUGACGACUGCUGUCAAACGACCACAUCGAAUGACGCCGGCGAUUACUGAGAAGAUGUUUGGAAGCACGGAUCUCGGAUCGUUGAAUAUCCAAAGAGGAAGAGAUCAUGGAAUUCCGUCUUAUAACAAAAUGAGACAAUUCUGUGGAUUGAAGUUCGCCAACACUUUUGAAGACUUCGGAGAUAUGAUUUUGGAUCGAAAUUUGAGAGCUGGACUCGCUAGGAAUUACAAUACGACAAAUGACGUUGAUUUUUAUGUGGGAUCGAUGUUGGAGGAUCCAGUGAUUGGAGGACUGGUUGGAACUACAUUGAGUUGUGCAAUUGGAGAGCAAUUUAAGAGAGCUAGAGAUGGAGAUAGAACAAGAAGAAUUGGAAGAAAACCAGCUUCCUCAUUCCAACAAUCAAAUGGAGGAUUCGUCCAAACGACGACAGUUUCAUCGGGACCAACGACGACAGUCACAAUUCCACCAUCUAGCUUAACACCAGUGAACAGUUGUGAAAGAGUCAAGGACAGCAUUGCUCAGGCGUCAGAGGUAAGUACCGUACUUAUGUCAAUCUCUCGUUUAAUCAAUCCGGUAGAAGAUAACUUUGGCCGUAACAUGCUCUCCAUUGACGACAUCACGAGAAGUGUGCCAACUGGAUGUGUUCCUCAAUUAUCUGACGUUGGAGUGGAUUGUAGAAAGAGUCUCUGUUAUCAUCUCAUGUAUCGUACUCUUGAUGGAACAUGUAAUAAUUUGGAGAAGCCAAUGCAAGGAGCUGCAUUCAGAAGGUUCAAUCGACACUUCCCAGCGCAGUAUGAUGAUGGAAGAGGCGAACCGAUUUCUUCUUUGAACAAGUCUAGACCAAGUGCUCGCGAAGCUAAUCGUGUUAUGUUGUCAUCUGCUCAAUCGGUGGUACAUGAUAAGUUCAACAACAUGAUGAUGCAAUGGGGUCAAUUCAUGUCGCAUGACAUGUCCAAAACCACACUUCAACCAUCGGCAAACUGCAAGACUUGUGAUCCAGUCCCAUCGAAAUGCAUGCCAAUCCCAAUCGGAGAAAAGGACCCAAAUCUUGGAUUCAAAUCGAAACAAUGUCUGAAAGUCUCAAGAUCCGCCCCAAUUUGUCGAGUGGAGCCCAGAGAGCAACUCAAUGAGAAUACAGCUUAUAUUGAUGGAUCUAUGAUUUAUGGAUCUUCAUUAAAGGAUCUUCAUAAGUUCAGAGAUGGAAGGACUGGAUUCUUGAGAGUUACUAGAUUCAAUAACCAGAAUGUUCUUCCAUUCGACCAGUCUAAAUGUGCUAAUAAGGAUAAAUGUACCGCCUCCUUUACUGCGGGAGAUAUCCGAGCCAAUCUCUUCAUUGGAUUGUCUUCCCUUCAUAUAAUGUUUGCCAGAGAGCAUAACAGAAUUGCUCAAAAGCUAACCGAGCUCAAUCCAACAUGGUCUGGAGAUAGAGUCUUCCAGGAAGCUAGGAAAAUUGUUGGCGCUCAAAUCCAAAACGUUCUUUAUAAGGAAUACCUCCCGAAACUUCUAGGAGUGUCAUUUGACAAAGUGAUCGGACCAUACAAAGGUUAUGAUACUAAUGUGGAUGCCACAAUUGCCAAUGAAUUCACAACUUCCGCUUUUCGAUUCGGUCAUGGAAUGAUUGAGGAGUUCUACAAGAGAGUUGAUCUAUCUGGAAAUAAUAUUACUCAUGGCGGGUUCUUCUUUGGCGAUGGAGUAUUCAAAUCGGGCAAGAUUCUGUUUGAAGGAGGUGUCGAUCCAAUUAUUCGCGGAUUUAUGACGACUGCUGUCAAACGACCACAUCGAAUGACGCCGGCGAUUACUGAGAAGAUGUUUGGAAGCACGGAUCUCGGAUCGUUGAAUAUCCAAAGAGGAAGAGAUCAUGGAAUUCCGUCUUAUAACAAAAUGAGACAAUUCUGUGGAUUGAAGUUCGCCAACACUUUUGAAGACUUCGGAGAUAUGAUUUUGGAUCGAAAUUUGAGAGCUGGACUCGCUAGGAAUUACAAUACGACAAAUGACGUUGAUUUUUAUGUGGGAUCGAUGUUGGAGGAUCCAGUGAUUGGAGGACUGGUUGGAACUACAUUGAGUUGUGCAAUUGGAGAGCAAUUUAAGAGAGCUAGAGAUGGAGAUAGAUUCUAUUUCGAAAAUCCAGGAAUCUUCACACGUUCCCAAGUGGAAGAGAUCAAAAAAUCAAGUCUCUCUCGAAUCAUUUGUGAUAACGCUGACAAUUUCGAAUUGGUGUCCCAGGACGCCUUCCUUCUUCCCGGUGCCAAUUUGACUCCUUGUAAUAAAAUUCCAGAAAUGGAUCUUUCAAAAUGGAGAGCUCUCUAA